AUGGCCAAGUCCAAGAACGCAUCGCAGCACCACAACAGCCAGAAGGCUCACCGUAACGGUAUCAAGAAGCCUAAGACCCAGCGUUACCCCUCGCUCAAGGGUGUCGACCCCAAGUUCCGCCGCAACCACCGUUACGCUCUCCACGGUACCAUGAAGGCUCUUAAGGAGCGCAAGGAGGGCAAGCGUGAGGUCGCAUAA